CUCCUCUGCCCCUCCCGGCGCUGUCUGCCCCUAGCUCCCGGGAUCGGGCUUCCCGGGGCGCCGCGCCUUCCCACGGGGAGGCUCGGGCUCGGGCAGGCGCAUCCCGGGGCGCUGCCGGGGAGGGCCCGGGGCCGCAGGCUGGAGGAGCGGGCGGGAAGGGGACCGAGCCCACGGGCUGCCGGGCACUCGGGGAAAGGACGCCUCCGAAUCGAGGUUGGCUUCGCCCACCCUGGGCCCUAUGGUUCACACCGGCGUGCCGAGUCCGUUGCCUCUUGCCCUAGCAGCCGCUUCCUCGAGCUUUGGGGAGUCGGCAGCUCUUCUAACUCUGGCUGCUGCGGAGUUGGCGGGUCUUCGGGCAGGCUGCAGCACGCUCGAGCCCCGCGCAGCGCCACCGCUCCGCGGAGGAGCCCUUGCAGGGAGGCGCGACCCAGAGCCCUGGGACUCUCAGCACCAGGUCUAGGGCACGGAGUUCUCGGCCCUGCGGGCACCCCCCCGCUCCGCUCGCGCCCCUCCUGCCACACAUCUUGGCAGCUAGGGGUCGGAUCCCCCUUGCAGGGACCGGGGGGGGGGCUCUUGGCGCCCCGUGGGAGGAGAAUUGAUUGAGCCAGCUCGGAGGAGAGGAGUGUCCGCUUUUGGCUGGCCCUGGCGGGCGCCCGCGUCUAUCUUAGCCGCAUCUGGGCCCAGGCCAAGCGAAAGUUCCCCGGGAGCGCGCCGCAGCCGCGCGGACCCCACGCCGCCCUCCCCCCGGCUGCGAGGCAGUGCUGGCUGGGGGCGAGGGCGGAGGGGGAGAGGGUCCCCGCUGCCGCAUCCCGGAGCGGGGGAGGGUUCUCUUCGCUUUCUCAGGUCUGAUCUGGGGAAGAGGCAAGAGGGAAGCCAGCGAGUUGGGCGAUGCGUGCGCGAGCGCGCGGGCUUUUGCUCUGGAGACGGGCAAAGCGACCUACAAGCCUCUGGGUGGCACCCCGGCUCUCGGCCCUUGUAUGGAAGUAGGAGCGGAGCCUGGAGGGUGCCAGGACUCUGAGCUCAUGGCUGUCAGCGCGCAGACACGACCCGGCUGCGGGCAAGUUCACAGAGCCGGGAGGAGAUGGCGGCAGGAGAGAGCCGGUCCGUGGGUGGAAGUCAGCGGAGGACCCGCCACCGAGCAGCCACCGCCAGUGGCGCUAGGGCAGCAGGGGUCGGCAGGAGGCGCCUCUAACAGGGUCCUCUCAUCACCUCGUCUGGGGGUGCGGAGGGGGAGUGCUUAGAGAAAGUUUCUGGAAUGGAAUAUGUCUCCUAUGCUCCUGGCGGGGGGCGGUGUCUGAAAACAGAGCCAGCGGAGGGUGAUUGUGUCAAGUGAUUUGUUGAUCUGGCUGUUUAAAACUCCCCAUUUGUCAAGUGGGAAAACUGAGGCCAGGGCAGCAGCAGAAGCUUAUGGAAUGGGGGUGGAUGUGAGGUGGGUCGGAAGUGAGGUGGGUCGGGUGUUCUAGAGAAUCUGCCUGUAGCCUCAUCCUCACCCUCUCCCCCAUUUCCUUGUAGUCUUCCAAUGCCCUCAUCCUCCUCCCCGCCGGAUUUUGGUAUGUUCCUGCUAUGGGACUGUCCCUGAAAGCACAAAAGGAGGAGCUGGGAUCUUUGAAUAGAAAGGAGACGCUGAAGGAAGGUUCUGAAAUAGCCUCUAAACCCAACUCAGGAUUGGGGGAAUGGACUUCUUCGUAACUUUAAGUACAGAAUAAAGGAAAAUGGGUUUACGUUUCAGCAACACACAGAGUGGCAAGACAGAAGGAAGAGUUUCCGACAUUGAAGGUUGUUGGGCAUGAAGGUUAUGCCUAGUUUUAGGAUGCAGAGAGGUCCUUCUGUCUGGGAUGAGUUGACAUACAACCCUGUCUUGACGUAGAGGGUGACCUUACUAGUCUUGGGGUCUUUUUAGCCUAAAGUGGCUCUAUGUCUGGUGGUUAAGGACCCAGGUCUAGAGUUAAAUUACCUGGAUUCAAAUCCUGGCUCUACUACUUGCUGACCCUCUGACCUUGGACAAAUUACUCAACCUCUCUUAAUGUCACUUGUGUCAAUAGAAAAUGGGUAAUAGUAUGACCUUAGAGGUUUUUGUUUGUUUGUUUGUUUUUGGUGAACAUUAGUGCUAUAAAGAAAUGAGUGGCUAUCUGUUAUAUAGUAUAUGCUCAAUAAACAUUAACCUUAUUAUUUCAAUGAGAUCCCAGGCUUCUUCUCAAUUUCUUUCCCUUGGGCCAUUCAAGGCACCAGGAGCUGAGUGUAUGUUGAGGGGGGAGGGAUUUUGUUAGGCUACCUCUGUCAGGAACUGAGACUCCUUCAUGGGCUGACCUUGUCUGGGCAGAACCUCUUGUCCCCCUGCCUUCUAGGGACACACGUGCAGGACGUGCAGGCCUCAAAGCUGCGUGGAAGUCCUUUGCAAGGUCUGCAAAGCUGGAGGGUUGUCAGUGGCCAGAGGCUUGUGGAAGGACGCAGAGCUCAGGAGGUGAACUGCUGACAGCACGGAGCCUCUGGAGGGAGGGGCACCUGCUCAUGUGAGAAGCAGCAGUGUUCAGAUGCUGGUGAGGGUCACCAUGAGAGCUCAGCUGUUCUCUGACUGGGAGAAGUGACUUCUGGGGCGAUCCCUGAAUGGCAGGGAAUUUGAGAUGUUGCUCUUAGGAAUUGGCUAAGCAGGUGCUGCUCCAGCAGAGGGGUGAAAGGGGAUGGGACCCUAGGUACUGUCGUAUUGGGAUUAUCAAGCCCAGGUGUGGGACAAAGGUAGGGAUGGAUGGGCUCUUCUAUUUGACUUGGAUCAUGUAUGUUUGGGAAGUGAUUGAGGUCAGUGGACAGGUUGGGAGGGUGAAGAGGGUUGGAGUGAUACCUGGAGUCUGGAGUGUGGUGAUUGGCAUAGUCUCAGCAUCUCAGACAACUGCUGAGCAAGCUGGGAGGAGUUUGCCCCUCUGUGGGAGGCCCCUGGCCCUGCUUAGCUGACUCUGGACUCAGAUGGGGGCGGGAAGUCUGGGCCUUUAUGCCCAAGGCUGCCUUCUCUGUCACAGACCCUAUGGUUAGAUUAUCCCUGACUAUAGUGUCCCCAGAUCAAAAGGGGUUCUGGCUCAGAUCCUGCUGGUAGUUGGACCAGAGCCCUUUACCCUCUACCUGGUUUUGGCCCACACUUGUUCCUUUUGGUAACUAAGAUUGGGGGGAGGUUUAGACCUGGAGUCUGCUGGCAAGACCCUGAGGGUAGCCCGUCAGCUGAGAAGAACUUGCCGCAGGAAGCGGUCAGUGGAGCGUGUGUGUGUGUGUGUGUGUGUGUGUGUGUCCCCAGCACAUAUGCUGGAGGCAGGGGUGUGUCUGCCAGCAUGUGCCCUGGGGAAGUUUGGGGGGAUGUGUUGGAAAGGGCACGGCUGAGGGGCAGUGGGAAGGAUCAGCUUUCAGUUGCUGGCCUAUGGCCCAACAUGUGACAGUCUUGGAGUUGUUGGGUCCCAGACCCUGGGUGGUUUCAUGUUUAUGGCUCUGAGACAGAAACUGGGAUCUGGUUACCCAAGGAGCAGAGGCUGCCUAGCUGGAAGCUGCUGAACCCCAGCAUCUCUCUGCCCCUCCCUCCCUCCAUGCCUUUGCUCUCUCCUGGCGAGGGCACCAGCUCUCAGACCCUGGCCUGCUGUGUCUCCUCCCUUGGCCCUCUUCUUCUCAGCCCUGCUGGGGGGUGCUCCCUCGUUCCCCCACAGCCUUCCUGUUUGCCGGGCCCAAGACGUCGGGGUGGGAGGUGAGCCUCAAAGAGGGCUGGGCCUGAGAUUUAACGUAGCUCCUUCUCCACCUCUUGUGGUCUUCUCAGGCUGGGUACAGGGUCUCCUUCCAUCUGCUUGCUUGCAUGCCUUAAGCAGCCUGUCUGAAGAGUGGGUCUGAAUGGUGACAAGAGCUGUAAUUGGUGAGAACUUUCAGCUGUCUGGAGGUGUGUGUGCAUGUACGCCUGUGUUCCUGUCUGUGCGCAUGUGUGUGCAGCCUGUAUGUGGGGGUGCACACACACGGCAGGCACCUGUGUGUUUGUGUGAGUGGGUGUGGAGUGUGGCGGGACAGGGACAGUUAGUGUGUGGGCAUGAGGUGGGAGCCAGUCCUCUCCGAGUGCUGCGCCCUGAGACUGCCCUCAGAGCAGACUCCUUGCUUUCCUGUCCCCGGCUCUGCACCGGAGUCUAGGCAGCCCAGAAGUUACCAGAGGGGGAGGCUGCAGCCCAGGGGCUGCACUGAAGGCUGCCUGAGGUCCCAGAGAGAAAGCCCACGUCGGGGGCAGGUGAAGGCAGAGUUCGCGGAGGUGCAGGAAAUGGUCUGUCUUGCUAGGGGUGGGCUGUGGUCCCGGCUGUCCUUAGCCCGCCACAGUCCAGGGUGCGAUGGGAGGACUCUGGGUUGGACAGGCAGCCUAUAGCCCCCCACCAGGGGCACUGCCCACGGGUGUGAGGCCGGUCUGCCAGAGGCAGCUGACCUAUUUUUCUUAGGAAUCUUCCUGCUUUUCUGUUCUCUCUUGCGUGAAUAAGCAGGAGGCUGGGGAGCCAAGAUGGGGCCUCCAGGAGGGUUCUGGAGGAAGACUCCAUGUGGGCCGGGGCUGCAAGAGGGGCUCAGCCCCCUGACUGUCCUUCUGAGGACGCCUCUCUCAGCGGCCUUCUGCGCCCCGCGCCCCGUGCCUCCUGGCAUGUGCCCACUGAGACGGGCUGUGGCACAGACUUGCUCACAGGCACAAAUUGUACAAGGCGCCCACGGCCUUCGAGAGGAACCCGAGUUUGUGACUGCGAGAGCCGGUGAGGCUGUGGUCCUGCGAUGCGACGUGAUCCACCCGGUGACGGGACAACCCCCGCCCUAUGUCGUAGAGUGGUUCAAGUUCGGGGUGCCUAUUCCUAUCUUCAUCAAGUUUGGCUACUACCCGCCCCACGUGGACCCCGAGUAUGCAGGCCGGGCCAGUCUCCACGAUAAGGCAUCCUUGCGGCUGGAGCAGGUUCGCUCCGAGGACCAGGGCUGGUACGAGUGCAAAGUGCUCAUGCUGGACCAGCAGUAUGACACCUUCCACAACGGCAGCUGGGUCCACCUCACCAUCAACGCCCCUCCCACCUUUACAGAAACACCCCCCCAGUACAUCGAGGCCAAGGAGGGUGGCAGUAUUACCAUGACCUGCACAGCUUUUGGGAACCCCAAGCCCAUCGUCACCUGGCUCAAGGAGGGGACACUCCUCGGUGCUAGUGGGAAGUACCAGGUGAGUGACGGCAGCCUGACGGUGACAUCAGUCAGUCGGGAGGACAGAGGCGCCUACACCUGUCGAGCAUACAGCAUCCAGGGGGAGGCUGUCCACACGACUCACCUGCUUGUCCAAGGGCCGCCUUUCAUUGUGUCCCCUCCUGAGAACAUCACCGUCAACAUCUCCCAGGACGCCCUGCUCACCUGCCGGGCGGAGGCGUAUCCCGGCAACCUCACCUACACCUGGUACUGGCAGGAUGAGAACGUCUACUUCCAGAAGACCCCCUUCUCCCACCUGCCAACAUCUCUCCCCACGUCUCCUUGCUGGCUUUGCAGCGACCUGAAGCUGCGGGUGCGGAUCCUGAUCGAUGGAACCCUGAUCAUCUUCCGGGUGAAGCCAGAGGACGCAGGGAAGUACACCUGCGUCCCGAGCAACAGUCUGGGGCGCUCCCCCUCUGCCUCAGCCUACCUGACGGUGCAGUACCCUGCCCGCGUCCUCAACAUGCCCCCUGUCAUCUAUGUGCCCGUGGGGAUCCACGGCUACAUCCGCUGCCCUGUGGACGCAGAGCCGCCGGCCACCGUGGUCAAGUGGAACAAGGAUGGCCGUCCCCUGCAGGUCGAGAAGAACCUAGGUUGGACCUUGAUGGAAGAUGGCUCCAUUCGAAUUGAGGAGGCCACAGAGGAGGCUCUUGGCACUUACACGUGUGUGCCUUACAACACCUUGGGGACCAUGGGCCAGUCUGCUCCUGCGCGGCUUGUCCUGAAGGACCCCCCGUAUUUCACGGUGCUACCAGGCUGGGAGUACAGGCAGGAAGCCGGCCGGGAGCUGCUCAUCCCCUGUGCGGCCGCAGGGGACCCCUUCCCUGUCAUCACGUGGAGAAAGGUAGGGAAGCCCAGCAGAAGCAAGCACAACGCCCUGCCCAGCGGGAGUCUCCAGUUCCGCGCCCUGAGUAAGGAGGACCACGGGGAGUGGGAAUGUGUCGCCACCAAUGUGGUCACAAGCAUCACUGCCAGCACCCACCUCACCGUCAUCGGCACCAGCCCCCAUGCCCCGGGCAGUGUCCGGGUCCAGGUCUCCAUGACAACUGCCAACGUGUCCUGGGAACCCGGCUAUGACGGAGGAUAUGAACAGACAUUCUCAGUUUGGUACGGACCUCUGAUGAAGCGGGCACAGUUUGGGCCCCAUGACUGGCUGUCCUUGCCGGUGCCGCCGGGACCCAGCUGGUUGCUGGUGGACACCCUGGAGCCUGAGACAGCAUACCAGUUCAGCGUCCUGGCCCAGAACAAGCUGGGCACCAGCGCCUUCAGUGAGGUGGUCACUGUGAACACUUUAGCAUUCCCUGUCACAACUCCAGAACCCCUGGUGCUGGUCACCCCACCGAGGUGCCUCAUAGCUAACCGGACUCAGCAGGGUGUGCUCCUGUCCUGGCUCCCGCCUGCCAACCACAGCUAUCCCAUCGACCGCUACAUCAUGGAGUUCCGCGUCGGCGAGCGCUGGGAGAUGCUUGACGAUGCCAUCCCGGGCACUGAUGCAGAGUUCUUUGCCAAGGAUCUGUCACAGGACACUUGGUACGAGUUCCGGGUUCUGGCUGUCAUGCAGGAUCUGAUCAGCGAGCCCAGCAACAUUGCCGGCGUCUCCAGCACAGACAUCUUCCCACAGCCGGACCUGACCGCGGACGGGCUGGCGCGGCCUGUGUUGGCUGGAAUUGUAGCUACUAUCUGCUUCCUGGCAGCUGCCAUCCUGUUCAGCACCCUCGCCGCCUGCUUUGUCAACAAGCAGCGCAAGCGUAAGCUCAAGCGCAAAAAAGACCCUCCACUCUCCAUCACUCACUGCAGGAAGAGCCUGGAGUCACCCUUGUCCUCCGGCAAGGUGAGCCCCGAGAGCAUCCGGACGCUCCGGGCCCCGUCAGAGUCCUCCGAUGACCAGGGCCAGCCCGCGGCCAAGAGGAUGCUGAGCCCCACCCGGGAGAAGGAGCUGUCAUUGUAUAAGAAGACCAAGAGGGCCAUCAGCAGCAAGAAGUACAGCGUGGCCAAGGCCGAGGCGGAGGCAGAGGCCACCACCCCUAUCGAGCUCAUCAGCAGGGGGCCCGACGGCCGCUUUGUGAUGGACCCCGCCGAGAUGGAGCCCUCCAUGAAGAGCAGGCACAUCGAGGGCUUCCCCUUCGCGGAAGAGACAGACAUGUACCCGGAGUUCCGCCAGUCGGACGAGGAGAAUGAGGACCCACUGGUGCCCACUUCUGUGGCUGCCCUCAAGUCCCAGCUGACCCCUCUGUCAUCCAGCCAGGAGUCCUACCUGCCACCACCAGCAUACAGCCCCCGGUUCCAGCCCCGUGGGCUGGAGGGUCCCGGCAGCCUGGAGGGUCGGCUCCAGGCCACAGGCCAGGCCAGGCCGCCGGCCCCCCGGCCCUUCCACCAUGGCCAGUAUUAUGGGUACCUCAGCAGCAGCAGCCCUGGGGAGGUCGAGCCACCCCCCUUCUACGUGCCAGAAGUGGGCAGCCCCCUGAGCUCUGUCCUGUCAUCCCCGCCCCUGCACAGCGAGGGGCCCUUCGGCCACCCCACCAUCCCCGAGGAGAACGGAGAGAAUGCUUCCAACAGCACGCUGCCCUUGACUCAGACGCCUACGGGGGGACGCUCCCCUGAGCCCUGGGGCCGGCCAGAAUUCCCCUUUGGGGGGCUGGAAGCCCCAGCCAUGAUGUUCCCCCACCAGCUGCACCCCUGUGACGUCGCCGAGAGUCUGCAGCCCAAGCCCUGCCUCCCCCGAGGACUGCCCCCCAGCUCCCUGCAGGUGCCCGCGGCUUACCCGGGCAUCCUGUCCCUGGAGGCACCCAAGGGCUGGGCGGGCAAGUCGCCCGGCAGGGGCCCUGUCCCAGUGCCCCCCGCCGCCAAGUGGCAGGACAGACCUAUGCAACCCCUGGCGAGCCAAGGGCAGCUAAGACAUACCAGCCAAGGUAUGGGCAUACCUGUGUUGCCUUACCCCGAGCCGGCCGAGCCGGGGGGGCAGGGUGGCCCCAGCACAUUUGGCCUGGACACCCGGUGGUAUGAGCCCCGGCCCCGGCCCAGCCCUCGGCAGGCCAGGCGCGCCGAGCCUAGUUUACAUCAAGUGGUGCUACAGCCUUCCCGGCUCUCACCUCUGACCCAAAGCCCCCUCAGCUCCCGCACCGGCUCCCCCGAGCUCGCUGCCCGCGCCCGGCCUCGCCCGGGCCUCCUGCAGCAGGCGGAGAUGUCGGAGAUCACCCUGCAGCCGCCAGCUGCGGUCAGCUUCUCCCGCAAGUCCACGCCGUCCACGGGCUCCCCUUCCCAGAGCAGCCGCAGCGGGAGCCCCAGCUACCGGCCGGCCAUGGGCUUCACCACUCUGGCCACAGGCUACCCCUCCCCUCCGCCGGGCCCCGCGCCUGCCGUGCCUGGGGACAACUUGGAUGUGUUUGGACAGACGCCUUCCCCUCGAAGGAUGGGGGAAGAACUGCUCCGACCGGAGCCCCCGCCACCCACUUUACCUACUUCAGGAACACUUCCACCUGCACCCGGGAAUGCUGCUGCACCUGAGAGGCUGGAGGCUCUGAAAUACCAACGGAUAAAGAAGCCCAAAAAGUCAUCCAAGGGCUCUUCGAAGUCAAAGAAACGAUCCGACGGUUCUGCCUCCCAGGCUCAGCAGCUUCCUAGCUCUCAGGUUCUGUGGCCCGAUGAAGCUGUCUGCCUCCGAAAGAAGAAGAGACACUCUCGUCCCGACCCCUUUGCCCGGCUCUCAGACCUGUGUCACCGCCAGCUUCCGGAGGACCAGACAGCAAUUCUCAACAGUGUGGACCACGAUGACCCUGGCCAUGCCACUCUGCUGUGACUCGGCCCCACUCAAGUGUCCCCAGGGCGAGGUGAUGGGCUCAGGGGCGGGGAGGGACGUUGCAAGGGACGCGUCCUCCUCUGCCCACCGGGGGUGGCCCAGACCCCUGUCCCCCAGGCCCAUACUCCUGCUGGAGUGGGGGUCUCCCUCCAGAUCCAGGCCAGCCGGCCGUGCCUCCAGGGCAGAGCACUGGGCAGACCUUCCACCUGUGGGUCGACGUCAGGAAGUGAGUUGGGGACGGAGAGACAUUUGUCUCCUCCCUUCCUCCCCCUGCUUCACUAGAUUGAUUUUUUCUCACUUCUUCCAAUGUCUUUGGAAGCGAAGAAGAGGAAAGCAAUGGUUUUUCCUGCUCUCUGCUUCUGUCUCAGUUUUCCAAGUCCUGGAAGAGGGCUGGACUUCCUUCCCGUCUUCCAGACGCCGCGUAUAUAUAGAUAUAGACACAAAUGCAUAUGUAUGUAGUGUGUGGGCUUCUCUAUGUGUAUAUAUAUGUACAUUGAAGCAAAGUGCUGUUGCUCUCUGUGGUCAGUGCAGGCAGGAGGAGGAGGGCAGUGGCCCGCUGGGGUUUGUGAGCAAAGAUGUCUGGAGCCGGCUGGGUGCCUGGCGUCCGUCUCGGGGGACUCUUCCUCCUGGAGCAGGACUCAUGCUUCUCCGCUGAAUGCACCAUUUGUCUCCUACCUUCUCCCAGCCAGAGCAGAAGCGGGGCCUUGCCGAGAUUACCGGCUGCCAGCUUUGGGACUUCAGCAAUGAGUUACUACAGAACUAACACAAGCCUUCAUUUCUUGGCUCCUGGGUGAAGAAAGGGCGGCCAGGCACCCUGACUGGCGUCUUUCUUCCUUCCAGCUGGGCUCAUGCUACAGAAGUAGCAGCUGCCUAGCCGUGGGGCCAGAGGCGAGCCCUGGUGCGCAGACUCGAGCUCAUCCUUCAGCCCCUUUGGUCCAGCCAGGCCAGGGGCCCCGUGGCCAAAGCUUCUCCCACCCUGGAGCCGCCCGUGCUGAGCGCCAGGCUGCCGGGCUCUAUUUAUACCGUCUCUGGCGUGGCUGUCUGGAGCACGGCUCCACGGCGGCUGAUCGGAUCCUCCUUUCCUUUUGUGGGAGCUAAUUCCCCACAUUGAUUAAUUGCCACUUGAGAGCCUCCUGCGGCUCCUUCCUGUGCUCGCCACGUGCUGCCUGCCUCUCUUCUCUGCUGGGCUUCUCCACCCUGCAGACCCCAGCUCCAGCAGGACGGGAUCAGAUGGAGCUAGGGAGCCUCAGGUUUCUGUGUUCUGGGGCACUCUGGGUCCCCGCUCUCUCCCCAGCUCCGUUACAUGGAGCUGGCUGAGGCAGACGAAUGCAGGCAGAGGGUGGUGAGUGGGGUCUGGGCACUGACAUUUACUCUGCCAAAGUCCUGUCCUAGUUCAAACUAUUAGCAUCCAGAAGCUUCUGUGAGGCCAUCUUCCUCCUGAGAUGCAUUUCUCUCUUCCAGUAAGAUAAUGGUGCUGCCCAGGAACUGGGCAGAAGGCCCUGAGGGUGGGGUGGAGGGUGGAUCUGCCAUCUCCCGCACUUUGUGCAGGGCUCCACUUUGGCUUGGACCAAGUAAAGGUAGCUGCCAGGCUCCUGGAAGUGUUUCCUUCUUGGUGCUGCUGUCUUGGUGGGUGUGGGGGCACGCCCCACCCCAGUUACCUGCUUGGACCUGAGCCGUGUCUGAGCGCUAGAAGGCUUCCAUCGGUCUCACUGCCACUGCCAGAGGCUUGGCCCAAUGACCGGGACAAGGUGGGUCCUCGGAGGGCUGUGAAGCUGGUCUUUCUUCAUCCCCUCCAUCGGGGGUGGAUUUCUCUGCCAGAUAGGCCCUGGUGCUUCCUUCCUCUUACCUGGUGAGCUGGGGACCAGCUGUGCCCUGAGGUCCACCGUGAGUCACACCACCACAGUUUACUUUCGAAUGCAUCUGAAGGUGUCGUGGUGAGAGGUACAUGGGGCAGAGUUUCUGCCCCUGUGGCGCUGGACCCUGCACCCUCGGAGGGACCCUGGGCCUUCCAGCUGAUGCACUUCUCUGGGUAUGAGGACCCGCUUGCCUGCUGGGCAGCAGCUCUGGCAUAGUGGAAGAGGCGAUGUUGGGGACUGUUCUUUCUGCCCCCGUGCCUCCACAUGCUGCUCACUCCAGCACUGUCCUAGGGGAUACUGGGAGCAGGCUUACCUGAAUACCAGAGUGAGAUGGGGACCCGUCACCAGUCUGUGCCCUGGGAGCAUUGAGUCCUCCACCGGGGCAGAGCUCAGGGUGGUUGGCCUGGGUGCUGGGACGGACUGGGAGCAUGGGACGUCAGGCUGUCGGACUUUGGGAUGAAUUCAGCCAACUUCUUUGAGCACUGUCCUGGAAUUCCAGCCUGAGGUUAGAAAAGAGGAGGAGGGGUGGGAGGCUUUGCUCCGUUAGGGUGUCACAGGCCCAGAGCCAAACUCUGUGCGCUGAAAUGCUCGGACACUGGGUUCCAGGAGCCCCAGUGCGAAUAGAGGUGCUGACUCCCUCUUUCUCCACCUCCCCAGCAGCGCCCUUACCUCAGCACGUCAGACCCGACGGUGGGGGCUGUGCUUUUUGUUGGCAUUGGGUGGCAGCUGCCCUGUGGUGUCCCCAGGCCAGGGGAAGGACACCAGGUCUAGCUUCUCUCAGUGGCCUAGGUCUCAUUCUUCUCCCAAGAAGCCUUCCUUCUUGUGACAGUACCCUCGGAGGCUGACAGCCUUCCUGCACCCCAGGAGCCAUUCCAUCCUCCGGGUGGAAAUUGGCAGAACACAAGCCCCUCCCUCCAUGGGAUGGCGGUAGCCAUGUUGCAGGCACACGCGUGGGUGCUGGGUGUGAGCACAUGUGUAAUAGCGUUGUCAUGAACGUGUGCAUGAGGGGCGUGCAGCCAUUUCUAGGGACCAAUGUCCUUCAAGGGUAUUCUGCCCUUGAACAAUAGCAGUGACCACGAUCCAGCCUCUUGGGACUUUCGUGCUCCACCCUGUUGGAGAUCCCAAGUCUUCCAGACGUCCCUUUCCAUGGUCAGGUGGUCUUGUGGUAGAAGUGACUCAGAUGAAAACCUUUUUCUGUGUCUCAGACUUGCGCUGCCUCUUCCGUCUGCACCAUGGCUGGAAACUGGCUAUUUCAGGGUAAGGUGACCCACAGACCAGGAAGCGGGUCGGUCUCCAGGGGCCCGAACGACUGUACACGUGUAGGGAGAGAAGAUGAGCCACAGGGGGAGCAGGUGAACCCUGUUUCCUGAUUUGCUGGUUGGAGCCAGGGCUCCGUGGCUGAGAGGGGACCCGUGCGGGGCUGCCUGUGGCCUGGGCCGCGUCUGGUGGUGGCUGUGCCUGUUGCCAGCUUUCCUCAAGGGACUGGGGGCAGGAGAGGCCUUCUGAGGUUCUACUUUCUCAACAGGAAGGAUGCCUUCUUCCCAGUGGGCUGACAGGGUCUGCAUCCCCCUUGGAGGGGCCUGUCUCUGGCCAUGCUCUCAGGGAAGGCUCGAGAGGGUUGGAUUGGGCUGAAUACUUACUGAUCUUUUUCCACGCCCUCCGUCUUUAUUUUUGAUUUGUGAUCUAAAAUAUUUGGGGCUGGACUGAUUUCAGUUAUUUAUUCCUCUGUCCUCUUCAUGCAGAGGAGACUGGGUAAGGUUCAGAUGUUGAAUUUCCUGACUAUUUUUUUUUUUGGUGGGGGGAGGGCAAGGCUGGUGAAACAGUAGCUUCAGAGGAGGACAGAUUUCAGGGAGCGCCAGGACGUCUCUGCCGGCCCGGAUCUGCAUCCAGGGCUGAAGACUAUGUGGCUGGAAUCUGUUCCUUCCAAUUUUGUUAGCAAAAUCCUUUUGGGGGUUCAGGGGUGGGCUGGGGGAAGAAUUGUACAUAAAGUAUAUUUUAUUAAUAUGUAGAGAAACCUAGGAAAAGACAAGCUAAUGGUUAAUCUUGGGCUUGCUUUGCUUGCAUGUAAAGGAGCUUCUUGGUGGGGGCACUGCAGAGAUUAUUGGGGAGCAGUAGGAAGGGGUGAGAAGGUCAAGACAGGCGGGAACACAGGAGGCCCCCGUGAGAACACCCCGUGGCUCCCUGUGGGAGCUGUGCACGUUCCCGGGGGCUUCCCUGCCCAGCGCUGCCUUGGGUCCUCUCCCAGCAGAGCGGGGGCGGCUCCGGCACGGCGGGCGCCUGCAGCCCAGUGUGCAGCGUUCCUUGUGUUGGGGAAGGGCCCAGGAGGUGUCUUAAUGGCCAGGUUUAGAUCGAAUGGGGUAGUGGGUGGGACAGGGGGUUUCGGAAGGGGAGUCAGAGAGUAGGAACAUGGAGGGGAGGCCCGUGUGCUUUGCCAGGUGUCUGUGAGGCUGGAAGGGGCGUACAGUCGGUCAGGUGUGGAUUGGGAGCGGGGCCUGGGGUAGGAUGGUGAGACCCUGCCAGGGAACACCAAGCCUCACCGUGCACUCUCUUUGGGGCAUGCGAUAGCUUACUUACCCCGAAGGAUGAUUGCCUGGUGGGGCCGGCUGGGGCAUGGUGGCCGUGCAGGGCAUGUGGGGACGUGUGUGGCAGGAGGCCUCUGGUUGAGAACGGACUGGGGGCGGGGGGCGCUGGCAUAUGGCCCAGACUAGACUGCAUCUUGGAAGAGGUCUUGCUUUUUAGGCAGACUUCCUUGCUUCUUCUCGAGUCAGCCUCAAACACAAAGUGCCCAAACUAAUCAUGGACAUCCUUGUAACAUGUUUCCACUUUGUUUUUGGGGCUCUUCAGGCCCAAGGCUGGGAGACUUGUCUUGAGCUGCUCCUCCUACCACCACCUCCUCAUGAGAGUUUUGUGUGUUUUCUUCAGCAGAAGUGGCAGGUGGUCCCUCUCCUCUUCCGUGCUCUGAAAAUGUUUGCAAGACAUUGGUGAUCGGGUUGGAGAGGAGGGGCUGGGGCCCGGCUUUCCUCUCUCACCCUUUCUGCUUGCAGUAUACAGGCUCCCUUCGGGCCCGGAAGCUACGCAGUGGCUUCGUACCUAGAGGACUUGCCUUACUUUCUCUGCGUUUGAUAGGUUGAACUCACCGGUCUGUGGCUGAGGUAGGAAGGUGAAAGUUUUGCCCUGAGAUCAGAGGCCACCCAUUCUUCCGCACUCCUUAAUGUCUCCAGCUCUGCUGCUUUUUGGAUCAAGAGGCAGAAUUAAAAA